AUGCCACAGAAGAUCGGGUCCCGACAUGAGCCCCUGGCCCGAGUCCAGCUGGACCACCCCGCAGGAGUUCGUGAUCCUGGGAUUCUCCGGGUGGCCUACACGCUGGUGCUGACCCCACACAUGCUCGCCGGCUUCCUGCUGCCGCCGGGGGGCCAGGUGGUGGCCCGAUCCACCUGCGCUGCCCAAAUGGGCCUCUUUGUGGCCCUGGGCGGCUCUGAGGGCCUGCUGCUGGCCGCUAUGGCCCUGGACCGCUACCUGGCCAUCUGCCGCCCCCUCUACUACCCCCAUCUCAUGACCACGGGGCUCUGCUGGUGCCUUCUCGCCUCCUGCUGUGCUGGGGGCUCUGUCCUGGCCUUGGGGCUCACCAUGGCCAUUUUCCAGCUGCCCUUCUGCCAAGGGGCCUCAGUCGACCACGUCUUCUAUGACCCUCCCGGCGGUGUUGCUUGCCUGUUGCUGCUGGUGCUGCCCCUGGCCCUGAUCCUGCUGUCCUACAUCAGGGUGCUGGUGGUCAUCCUGGGCGCCGGGGGGUCUGCAGGCCACCACAAGGCCUUCAACACCAUGGCGUCGCACCUCACGGUGGCUGUGCUUCACUACGGCUGCGCCACAGCCAUGUACGCCAGGCCCCUGAGUGGCCACUCCCUCAAGGAGGACAAGCUGGUCUCGCUCAUCUACAUCAGCUUCACACCGCUGCUCUACCCCGCCAUCUACACGCAGCGGAAUCGGGAUGUGCAGCGCGCCCUGCAGCGGGCGGUCAGCAGCAGGACGGCAGGGUCCGUCCCCCAGGCUGACAUCAGCUAA